AUGAGGAAGACAAUAAGAGCUGUCAAGCUAACAUACUCGAUUUUACGGAGAAUCAUAGUCAAAAUUGCCAGAGAUGAGAGGAAAAAGAAAAUCAAAACGAAAACAAUGAGAGACGCGUUGUAUGCUUUGAGGACUUCACUUAAUGCUUCAGCCAAUCAGCUCCAGGAUUGGAAUCCCAAUCAAGUGACUCCCUGCACUUGGUCGAAAAUUACGUGCGGCGCAAAUAACAGUGUAAUAUCAGUGGUCCUGCCUUAUUUGGGAUUCUCUGGAACCAUGUCACCAAGAAUAGGGGAACUAAAGGCACUUACGACACUCGACUUGCGAGGAAAUGGCAUAACUGGUGAAAUACCCAAAGAGAUUGGAAAUUUGACAAGCUUGAGUAUGUUGAAUCUCGAGAAUAACCAGUUAAUUGGAGAAAUACCGUUUUCCAUUGGAAAUCUCGGGAAGCUCACAUUUCUGGUUUUGAGUCAAAAUAAUCUUUCCGGAUCAAUUCCAGAAUCACUUGCGAGCCUUCCAAGCUUGACUGACCUCCAAAUUGCUUCAAAUAAUCUCAGUGGGAAAGUACCUCGGCAGUUGUUUGAGGUUUCCAAAUACAAUUUGUCUGGGAACCAUUUGGAUUGUGGAACCACACCUUUUCCCUCUUGUGAAUCUAUACAUGCAGGUCGCAAACGUAAACCAAAGGCCAGUAUGAUAGUCGGAAUUACCGUUUCACUUGUGGUUAUUCUCAUACUUGGAAGUUACCUCGUAUUCAUUUGGUGGAAGGGUGGGAAAAGAGGCCUAAGGGGAGACGUUUGUGUCGAUGUUUCAGAAGUGGAGACCGACUUCUUACAUAACGAUAAGGCCAAGGCCAAGAGACCUGAGAAUCGUUACAAGGUUGGCUACAAAUAUGGUAAAUAUGCACCCCUCACCAUACCCCAUAGGGAAGCUUCAACCCUAUGCAUCAUAAUGCUAAUAAUACAAACAGAAACCUGCUUGGAUGCUAACAAAGAUCCACCAUCGUUUGAAGCAGGAAGCAGUAUAAUCAAAGUGAGGGCCACAAUGGAGCAAAUCAAAUUUCUUGAUCAUGUCCCACAACUUACUGGUAGAGAGCCUCAUUCUGCCAUUUUUGUCCUGAUCACCAUCGUUUUUUCGCUGAAAGCUAAAGCACUUACCAAGACCACCAGCACCCGCACGAAAGCAGUCCUCCAACUCAACCUCCUCACCACCCUUCUUCCUCCCCUUAGAAGACAAAGACAAAUCCUCCCCUUGCCGUUUCAUCACGAGCUGCUCGUAAUACUCCUUGUUCCUCUUUUCCAAACCGUAAAUCUGCCCCUGAAGAUCCUCUAUCUUUCGACUCAGCAUGCAGACCCUGUGAUCCUCCCUUGCCUUCAGAACGCACCUCGCCAGCUCAGCAGCUUUUCUCUUCAAGAACAACGACUCGGAUGCCAGCCCCUUGUUCUCUUUCUCCAGCACUGUCACUCUAUACCCCAAGGUCGCAUUAUCAUUCAGUAAGAUGAGCCUUUCUGACUCGAGCACGUCCAACAAAUUCUGCUGGAGCUCCAUUUUUCUCGACGACUCGCCCCACCUCUUCUCCACCACAUUGAGCUCGUUCAGAGCUAUAUCGUACUCGACCACCUUCAUAACUAGGUCAGCAAAGAUCAUAUCAACAUUCAUUUUUUCAUUUGCUCGAGGUACAACAGCCACUGGGGACUGGAAAGAUAGUGAACUCUCAGCAUAUGGAGAGUCUAUGACUUCUCCAGGGUCUCCUUCAUCGGGUUGAAUAUUUUGGUCGAAUUUCAAAUUUGGGAGUGGGGACGAGCAUCGGCUGUGGCGGUGUUGCUUCGUGGCUAGCGUUUGGCAAUAACGGUCAGCUAAAGAGAGGUAACUGUUGUAGAGGUCAUUAAGUAGUUCAAGAAGCUGAGGGCGCUCAUGGUAGUAAGAGUUGGCUCUGCCCGCAAAGCUGUCGGGGCUGUUUUCCUUACGAGUUUUCUUCCUAUUCAACGUCUUCACCCGCUCGUCCAAAUCUGUUGAAUGAUGAAUGCAGCAGGUAAACAAGUGUUUUUGGCAUUCUUUUUGUAAGGGGUUCAUUAAAUUUUUAAAAUUCCAGGAAAAUAAAUUAGCUGACUAAACUUUCGUCCACAAUGAAAUGGACCUGAUAUUACCAUGGCCCGUGAUAGUUCAGAAAGUGGCCCCAUUUCAGAGGACGAAAAGAUCUGGUUUUUGAAAUUCAAAAGGGACUGUUUGAAUGUAAUUUUAUUUUGUGGGCCAAACAUAACUGCAUAAUGAUGCAAGUUUGUUUCAUUAGAUGAAUCAUUGGUGUGAAGUAGCACAAACUAAAUCAUAUGAUGUUGAUUGUGAAAUGAGUAAUUAUGAUUAUUG